AUGAAAUUGGGUGGAAUGUCAACAACUGCCCGAAGGCCAUCACAACUGGGGAUGGCAUCCAUCGGAAGUAGUUCCAGGAAACCUGUGUGUCAACUAGGUCUUUUCAAAAGCUACUCUACUUUUAAUCCACAAUCCGCUGCCUCUCCCCGUGACAAACCCAAGAAUAAAGUUAGUCUUUGGACAAAAUUAAAGUCCUUCACGACCUUUACUGCCUCAGGAACUUUAGUCAUUGGUGCAGCUGGUCUCUCAGCAGUUGUUAUCUAUCUAAUUCUCUCAGAACUGUUUUCACCUUCCGGUGAUACACAAAUAUUCAAUCGUUCAGUGUCAAUGAUUGAAAAGGAUGAGGUAGCAAGAUCACUAUUGCAAUGUCACGACACAGCUGAUAGCAAAGAGAGAUUGAAGGCUUAUGGUGAAAGUUUUACGAGUGAUAAAUGGACCAGAAAUAGACCUAUAGUCUCUACAACGAAGGUCGAUAAGACAGGGAAAGCACAUCAUUUUAUGAGAUUCCAUGUUGAAUCCAAGAAGAAGAGAGGUCUAGUUCACAUCGAAGCCGUUGACUCUGAUAAUAGCUAUCAACCAGCUUUCACAUCUGUGUAUCUCGAUGUGCCCGGUGAGUCCCGUCAUUAUUUAAUCAAGCCAAAAGUGCAUAAGAUUGCUAAACCCAGUGGAUUCCUUGGUGUCAAUUGGGGUCCCAAGAAGGCCUAG